AUGGAGUUGGCAGGACAGCUCGAGCGCUGGGACCUCUACGCCGCCUACCGCACAAAGGAUCUGCCCGACGGGGGUCGCCAGACAAUCAUCGAGGUCUGCCUACCUCGUUGGCUCGACCACCGCCUCCGCCUCGACGCGGCAGAGUUCCUGAUCGACGUCUUUCGGUUCCGUCCCUCGGGCCUCGACGGCCAGAUGACUGCAUUCAGCCAACAGGUCGUCGACAUUGUCAUCACGCCCGUCUUUGUCCCCUAUCUGUCCUUCAGCAGUGUGGACCCGGGCGUCGUACUGGAAGCGUUCGAGUCUCGCGAGCUCUGCGCCGCCCUGCUGCACCAUGUCGACCACCACGACAUUCUUUCGACCUCCUUGGGAAGCCUCAAGUACCAGCUCUACCUCGCCGAACCGGCAAGGCAGCACAUCGCCGAGCUCGCGGGUCGUAACGCUGGGAAGUGGCGCAGAAAGCUCGAUCUUCUCAAGACCCACGCCGCCUGGUUCCAGGACGAGAUUCUGCCCGAGCUUCUCGAGGUGCGCGGCAUGAAGCGCAAGGCCCGCCGAGGCCAGUGA